AUAAUCAGCUGUUCAAAUCAAUGCGAAUUCCUGACGUUCCGAAGGGAUUGAGAAAAAAGGGGAAAUCUUUUAUGCAUAAAAUUAGAAUUAAUCUGCGCAACUAGGCCUAUCGGAUGAGAACCAGCGUUUAAGUGCCCACUGUUCACUCCACACCACAGAGCCAGCGUCAUCAGUACUGUUGCAAUGCUUGUUUAUGAGGGGCACUCUGUUGCUUUGCUCUGUCUUGAGCGCACCCAAAGACCAUGAUAUGAUGUGAGCUCUGGAUUGUACCAGUCACAGUUGGUGGCCCAACUUGUGUUAGCCAGCAUCAGAAAAGACCCCCCAAAAAAGAGAGAGUGAUAGAUCGCUUUGAGCUGAGAUGGAGAAUCCAACCUCCCCGGAGCUUUUAGUUGUGAGCAGUCCGCGUGUGCUGCCAACCAAGGCUGACUUGUCUUCUGAAGUGAAAGAUGGGAAUGUUACUGAUGGUUCUAUGUCUUUAAUGAAUAAAGCCCCUGUACUUAUUGUUCAGCACAUUGAGCAACCACCAGAAGAGAUGGGUAACAGUUCAGAGCUCAAGGUCCCCAAUGGAGCAGAUGGAGACUCGGCUGUGGCCAAAGCAGAGUCUGGCGGAGUGGAGGAGGAGACAAGCCCAGAGUCUGACGACUCCAAGAAAGAUGUGGACACCAGCAAGGCCGUCACUUUUGCAGAGGACGUGGAAAUCUACGACCUCACCUCGAAGGCAGCCAUGCCGAUCACCGUCAGCCUGGACACCCCGGUGCACCUUGUUGAUCACGCUGGUCUGGCUCUAAUUGCUGCUGAGGUGCCGCUGGAGGAGCUAAAGAAAGACACUGCCUCGGAGGACCUCACAGACAGCCUGACUGCUGCUGAACUGGAGACAGACUCCUCUGAAGCUGAGGGGAAGUCGUCUAUCGCUGAAAUCUCUGAUGAAAGGCAGUCAACCCCGGCCACACGACCUUCCGUUCUCAGCUUGUUCAAAAGCAGUAGUGUGGAUAAAACGUCUGAAGGUGGUGGGAGUUCUCUGAAAGCAAGUGAAAAUGAUGUGGCCACAGAGGAGAGCAAACAUACUUCAUCUACUACAAGUGGGAGUGAAGAUCAACAGGAAGAAGCAAAAGUGAAUGGUGAAGAGCCUACGGCCCACAAGGAGUUCACUGUGGUGAGCGUUGAUGAAUCUGAACUGCCAGCGUCAGAGCCACAGGAUAGGACGGUACGAGCAGAGGACACUGUGCCCCUGACUGAAGUGCAUCCACUCUCAGGCAAGACAAAUGGCCAGUCACACAGCACUGAUAGCUUCCUGCAUGACACUAUUGGGCCUUUGGACAAUCCAGCCUUCCUGAAAACAUUGCAUUACUCUGUAAGUCAGCCCUUUGAUGAGGAUGAGCAUUUUGGCCUGCAGUCCAACCUUGAUCUACACAGUGUCACCACGCUACAGAACACGACCUCUGACCUGGACGGAGGCUGGGCCUGGGUGGUGCUCUGUGCGGCCUUCCUGGCACAAACCAUUAUCGGUGGGAGUGUCUACGCUUCAGGUGUACUGAUAUCUGCCAUCGUUGAAGAGAUUGACCCAGACUUGACAAAAGCGUCUUGGGUUGGGUCGGUGUUUGUUUGUGCACAGUGUUUAACAGGUCCUUUCGUCGGGGCUGCUCUUAAAAAGUUUGGAGCCCGGAUCAUCGUGUCUCUGGCCGGUGUGGUCUUCACUCUUGGUUUUCUCGGUGCCUCCUUCUCCACUACGGUGGGACAGCUGAUUCUGACUCACGGACUUAUAGCAGGUGUGGGUGCUGGAUUCAUCCUCAACCCUGUCUUUGUCAUCGUGGGCCAGUACUUUUGUCGGUACAGAGGCCUUGCCUGCGGCUUGCUGGCCACUGGGGCUGGUGCGGGAAUGUUAACAGGUGGAGCCAUUGUGUCCCUACUUGUGAGGACCUAUGGCUUAAGUGGUGCAUACAUGUUGUGGUCGGGAGUUGUGUUCCAUUUGACCGCCAUCGGAAUGCUCUUCCGACCCUCCCCAGAGGAACGGUUCCGACAGAUUGAACAUGAAAUCCGAGUGAAAAGCUCUCUGAACAGGCAAGGCAGUCAGCAGGAGCUGACCAGUGGUCACAACAGCAUGAUGAGCGGCCUGAACAGCUUGUUUGGCAGUGUCAACCACAGCAUGAUGAGUGGGAUGGACAAGAUCAGCCAUGGGAGGCGCUCGGUGGUCUCUCGCAACACGAGCAAGCUCAGCAACGGGGAGAUCGAUAUGCCGCUGUUGAAGGCAGUGCUCCACAAGGAGAUGUCUCGGUCCAGCUACUCCGUCUCCACCAACAGGUCUCACCAUCGCUCUCACGUGACCAGCCCCACGCAGACAACUUCCACUUCCAGCAAGCAUCAGCAGCUAGCUCCUGGUACUGUUGGUCAUGGGGAGUCGAACCAGCUACUCUCUGUGAACACUGAAAUGAAUGGCACCCCUACACCGACAAGCCCGAUGAAUGCAAUCUCCAAUGGUCACCUGCACACGGCUACAUCCAUUAAUAGCUCACAUGCUUUGGGCAGCAGCAAUCACCAUCUCAGCAACAACGUCAACAGCAACGGUAGCGUUCAGCACCUGAACAACAACAUAAACAGCAACAGUAGCAGCCAGCUGCCGUUACACCACUCCAGCUCCCAGUUCUUCUCCACUAGCACCCUGACCCCAUCGGUGACCGCCUCCUCCCGCCUCCCCCCACCCUCCCCCACCAGCACCCACGGAGCCUCCACUUCAUUACUAAAUAAACCUCCACCCCAUCGCGGUCGCCUGCUCUCCGCGGGAUCCCAGUCUCAGUACACUUCCAUGAGCCAUAUCAGCCGCCGUCUUUCGCUCCGAGACCAUUCCCAUACUGGCGAGUACGACAACGAAUCACUGUCCUCCACCCUCAUCUCGCAGCUCCGCCCCCGAGAUGCUAUUGCCCCGCGAUAUGCGCUUGGCUCUCGCAGUAUAUCCACCAUGAUGGGCAGUGUGGCCAGUUUCCCCACCUCCUUGGCUAUCAUCAAGGAUGAUCUCUCGAGAUUCGAGGCUUACAGCUCGACUACUAGUCACAGAAGAUCUCUAACAGGUUUUGCAAUACAAGUCCUGGAUUCACUGCGGUUGCUACGCAACAGGCCUUUUCUUAUAUUCCUGUUGUCAAACUUCAUGUGGGCAUUUGGUGAAUCUCCUAUUAUGAUUUAUCUCCCAUCAUAUGCCGUGAGCAAGGGCACAGACAAAAUGCAAGCGUCUUUCCUUUACACCUCCAUGGGAAUUGGAUCUAUGAUAGGUCGACUUCUCUCUGGUCUGGUAGCCGGUGAUAAAGAUGUUGGGCCUGUUUUACUUUUCACAGGUAGCUUAGGCGUGGCCGGUAUGUUUGUGGCCCUCAGUCCAGCAAUCACCUCCACCAUGAUGGAGCAGGUGGUGGUCUCCUGUCUGCUGGGCCUCUACACCGGGGCCCUGGUGCCUCUCACCUCCCUCAUCACUAUUGACCUGCUGGGCAUCGGGGAGCUGGGGAUUGGUUUCGGCUUCCUGCUCAUGUCCCAGGGCCUUGGCUAUCUGAUUGGGCCCCCCUUGGCUGGCAUGAUUGUCAAGGAACUUGGCUUUGCAAGAUCUUUCCUAUUUGCUGGUUUCCUCUUGAUGGGGGCCAGUCUAUUUUCCAUGAUCAUGGCCCUGUUUCUUGGUAAGCAAGAGGAUGAACUGGACGAUGAUGAUCACUCACUCGAUGACUUGGAGCGGGCCCUACAGAGAAUCUCAGACAGUGAAAGUGACAAUUCCGAUGAAGAAAAUGAUGACAAAGGCGGUUGUGGUGAGGAACGAGACGAUCUCGGGAAAGGCAGUGCCAGUAACAUUAGCAGGCUGGAAGGAAGCACCCAUGGUGUUGCGGAUUUCAUCGUGUCUCAUUCUGAAGGAGGAGGUGCUGAGAAAGAAGAGGAGCCUGUGCCAGUUGAGGAAGAGAGACUGGAGCCUAUCAUGGAAGUAGGAUAAAAGUCAACUACAGAAUGUACAGCCACUGAUUGGUGCAUAUUUGAUAGAGAUAGCUGACAUACAUAUUGAACAGCCAGUCCAAAACCAUGUUGAGGUAAAUUGUUACUUGUGUACGUGAUGUAAUUGAGACUAUGACAAUCUGCUCUCCGGUUAUCAAACUCUACCCAAUGAACUUUUUGGUUACAGUGUUUGGUUGUUUCUUUCACCGUUAUACUUUUGCUAUGAUUGAUCAAAUUUUUGUUGUGAUUUUCAUAUUGUUUUUUGGGAGGGUUUUUUUGCUUGAUCCUGUGGGAAAUUAAUUUGUUCAGUGAAGGAAUAUUUCCUACCUGUGAGUUUUCUGAUGUUGUCAGGAAAUGAGAACAUCCCAUUAUGACAAUGAUAACACUACUAAUAGCAAGGCAACCGUGUGUUUUCCCAUCAUUGGUUGUCUAAUGUAAUGAGGAGUUGAAAAGAAAAGUUGGCAUUGUUCUUCUUUAUCAAUUACUCAUGGUGUUGGGGAGGCUUUUUCAAGGCUACUUCUUGUUUCUGUGUUGUUCUGCAUUUCAGUGUAGAGCUAUUUGUAAUAAUUAUUCCUUAUGAAGGGAUGAGUAUGUUUUGUUGAAACUUAGUUGAGUCAUUGCUUUCAAUAAUUGUUGGUUUUGGUGACAACUUCAAGUAAAAGGUUUUCUAGAUGUGCUUUUGGAUCCAUGUUUAAGGGCAAUACUAUGGUGCUGUCUUGUAUAUGUUGUUGUGCUUUUUAACUUGUAAAAUUGAAAUGUGGCUCGAACAAUUGUGGAUUAUUGUCAUAUUCCUACGUCAAUUAUAAAAUAAGAUAAGAUACAUCUUUAUUGUCCAGGUCCUGGCACAUUGGUUUGGUGUUUCACCAUUAUUCUCAUAUUCCAAGGUUUUCAUUGAUGAAUUUUAGCAUAUUCUGGUAUUAUUUUAGUCAUAUCAGACGUAACAGACAUGAGAAAAUGUUUCUCUUGUUUCUUUUUUUUCCCGCAGCAAAUUCAAGACAAGAUGUGCUUGGAUACUGAGCUAGUCUAUUUACAACAAAAUCUGCUUUCUUUUGAUUGUCACAAAUAUUGGAGUUUGGCCUAAUCAAAAAGUAGUUGGUCCAAGCAAUAUGUUACUAUUGUUUGUGGAUCAUUCUCACAUUUGGGCUUUCCCCGUUCCAUUCAGUGUCAGUGACAUCUGUGGUGUAAUGAUUAGGCUCUUUGCUAUUUGCACGCUAAAAAAUCGCAAGUUUGCUUCUCGUUCGGGAAAGUUAUUGAACUGGGUGUUUCUGUCAGCCUCGUGGGAUGCUAUAUUCCACUUUGUGGAGAUUUGCUAUGUCUAUGACAGGGAGUUAGGAAGCAACCUACCACCUUAAUUAUCUGAUUUGUGUCUUCAGGGGAGCAGAACAUUUGAAAUCAUUCCUGUUGUGUGUGAUGUGCGUUCAAACGUCUCUCUCUCUACUAUAUGUCACCACCCUUGCUGUUGUUCCAUUUUUGUGAGAGCACCAGGUUUACUGGUUAUAGAGCUAGUCUUCUCUCAGUUGCUGGGUAGUUCAACGGCUGAGACAAUAUUCACAAUGUCUUGGGGGGGGGUUUUCAGGGAGGGUGAGAAUCAAAGAAACCGUUUUAAACAGUCAAAUUUUGUCUUCAGUGUUAUCACAUCUGUUUUCCUAGUUAUCUGAAAAGCGUGAUGUGAUAAAGAUUGUUUGUAACCUGGUUUUUAAUCCGUCAGUGUUUUGUGUUUUGAGAAUUCUUAGUUAAUAAGGUCCAAAGAAUGACAUUGUUAGCAUGCCAAUUUAGGCAAUGUGUUGAUGCAUUGUUUUUUGUUUGUUACAGCAUUUGUUAUAAAAUGCACUCUCUAUUUUUACUUUUAUUAGUUACAAUUGUUACCAAGCUUAUUUGCUUGCUGUGUAGACAUAAAGUGGUUAUUUCCACUGUUUGUUUUUAAAAAAAAUGAAACUAAGAAUAUAAUAUGCACCAGAUAUCAUGUACAAGCCGACAGAUUGUUUUAAAUCUGCCAGCUCCCUUUUUACUGACUUUCAAAUAGUCAGUGACUGCAGUUACAAAGUAAUUGUAGACCACAAACAACAGCUUUUCUGCUAUUAUUUUUAACCCUUUCAGUGCCAGUCUCCUAAAUUUUCGCAAACAAGGAAGAGUCAAGCUGCAAAUGGGUGAAAUAAUAAUUUUACACCACUGUACAAAAAGGCUUGUUAAAAACAUUUAUUUCGGCAUAGAACUGUUUCCUAUUUGGAAAUGUAAUUGAAAAUUAUCUAUUAUCCAAACAUUGUUAAAUGAAACCCAACUUGAUUUUUUGAUGAUUGUCUAAGUUGGCACUGAACCCCUAAUUUGACAAUUAUCAAAAACAGGACUGAAAGGGUUAAAUUUCCAAAAUAGAAGUCUUAUUUCUGACUAAAUAUUCAAAA